AUGUGUGAUCUAGGGAGGAUGACUUAUUUCCUUGGGAUGGAGGUGUCACAAACUCAGGAUGGAAUUUUCCUAAGUCAAAAGUCUUUUGCCUUCAAAAUUCUGACAAAAUUCUCCAUGCAAAAUUGCAAAGCAACAAGCAAACCAGUCGCUGUUGGAGAGAAACUAUUGAGCCAAGGUAAUUUUGUGCAGGUUAAUGAAUUUGUUUAUAGGAGCUUAGUUGGUUGUUUAUUGUAUUUGACUACCAUCAGGCCAGCUAUUAUGUUUGCUGUGAGUUUGCUCUCGAGAUUGAUGCAUUGUUGCAAUGAGAAACAUUUUCAAGCUACCAAGAGAGUUCUCAGGUACAUCAAAGGUACUUUGAGCUAUGGUAUACCGUUUAGCAAGGCUGAAAGACUGAAAUUGGUUGGCUAUACUGAUAGUGACUGGGCUAGCUCAAUAGAUGACAUGAAAAGUACCUCAGGAUAUGUUUUCACCCUUGGUUCAGCCAUAUUUAGCUGGAGCUCAAAGAAGCAAAGUGUUGUUGCUCAGUCAACUGUUGACGCAGAAUAUGUGGUAGCUGCUGGAGCUAUCAACCAAGCCACUUGGCUGAGAAAAAUCUUGGUUGAUUUGAAUCUACACCAAAAGGAAGCAACAGGGAUCAUGUGUGACAAUCAAUCUGCUGUUGCAAUUGCAAAGAAUCCUGUCUUUUAUGGGAAAGCAAAACACUUUAAAAUCAAAUUUCAUUUUGUUAGGGAGAUGGAGCAAACUUGA